AUGGCCUGGUGCAGGGCCGUGCUCCCGCUGCUGCUCAUCGCAGCUGCCAGCUUGCGUGCCGGUGAGGCCUUCAAAUGCUUCACAUGUGAGCAGCCCACAUCCAUUUCUUUGUGCAAGAACAUUUCUUACUGCAAGCCAGAGGCCACGGCCUGCAUGACCACGGUGGUGCAGAUGGAGUCAGAGUACCCCUUCAACCAGAGCCCCGUGGUGACCCGCUCCUGCACCAGCUCCUGCAUAGCCACCGACCCCGACAGCAUGGGGGCCACCCACCCCGUCUACUGCUGCUUCCAUGACCUGUGCAACUCCGUGCAGGCCAGCAGGCUGGGUGCCAGGGCCCUGGCCCCGCUGGGAGCCACACUCCUCAGCCGCCUCCUUCCCUGAAGGGCCCGGCCCCACCAGAGAUCAUCUCUACGUAGCCACGUGCUUCCAUGAGCUCCCUGAGCCUCAGGUUAAUCACGGGGCCCGAGGGCCGAGAACCUUGACAGGGGCACUCUCUGUC